UUGGGCACUAUCCUUCUUGGGCAUUUUGCACACUCUUGGUCUUUUCGGAUAUAUGCCUCACCCAGCUGGAAUGACUCGGGGACGACAGAGUCCUCCUCCAGCACUACAAACCAAGUAUAAAUGCGAGCGUGGCCGCCACAGAAGCACAUUGCAGCCACUCUGUUUCAAUUCAGCCUCUCCAGCAACUUCCCACUCAUGCCCAACCUCGACCUUAACCAGCUGCCCGCUCCCAUUCUCGUUAACAUAUUUGCCACUCUAUGUCGAGAUAUACUUUCACAAAUAUGCUCUUAUUUCUAACUAUUGGGAGGUAAUGGACAUAGCCACCGUAUGCCGUCUCUGGAAUUACUACAUCCCGUCAUUCACAUAUCGCUCAAUUUUCGUACAACGGAAGAUAUCGAAACACUAUUCUGAGCAGCACCGAAAGGAAGUCGAGAAGAACAAAACGUACCAGCUGUCCCAACAUCACCUGUGUUUACUCUCUCCCCAUGCUACCCUUUGUUGUUCCAGUUCUAUUUCGAACACCUUCCCUAUUUUUAUUGCGUGAAGCCAGUAUCUUUGUUCAUUCACCAGCCGGUAACACUAUAUAUAACUACCCUAGUGUUAGACUUGCGCUGCAUAAACCGGCCCGAGAAUUUGUUUUUUUCCGACUUCAAUGCUCUGGAGACGAUUAGAUUCCUCAACAUACAUGAGCAAGUUCCACUUUUUGGUCUUUUGCCUUAUUCCGCUGAGAGACCGGUUCUCCCCAAUUUGAAGAUUCUCCAGCUUGAAUUUAAAGAGAUACACGGUGCGCAGCAGCGAACUUUGGUGCAGCCUGUGUCGCUUUUACAUUCGUGCCCCGAAACUCUCAGAGCUGCUCAUUAGUCGGUCCACCAGGAUUUACCAGGAUCUG